CUGAGAAGUAUCCUCCAGAGACCUUCCCACAGCCGGGGCGAGUGGACAAGGCGCUGUCGGAGUCUGAGCAGCCAGGAGAGGCCACAGAUGAGGAACACAGCCCUGUACUCAAGAUAGCAGACCCAGUACAGUAUUAACCUACUGAACAAACAUGCUGAACUGAAUGGAGUUUUUCUAUUUGAGGCAUUGGACCAUGACCCUGAUGACAAUCCCUCUGGAUUGAUUUGUGUAAAUACCCACAGCUCUCUCUGUUUGAACUUGUGAGGACACACAGCAUGGGAUCACUGCGACUCCCUCUGCUUCUGCUCAUUUACUGUGGACAGGUGUCGGUGGUUGCCCCCUGUGAGAUGUUUGGGGUGAUUGCUCAGUGCAGUUUUAAGAAUCUGAGCGAAGUCCCUGUCCUGCCGUCCUACACGGAGCACCUGUAUCUGGACCAUAACAGUAUUUCAGAGCUGAAUAGUACUUCCCUGCGGGGCCUGCGAUUCCUGGAGCGUUUGGAUCUGGGUGCACAGAGAGUACCUUUAGUGAUCCGAAACAACGCUUUUCUGAGACAGCAGCGACUAAAGACUCUUAUUCUGGGACUGAACCACGACCUAACGCUGGAACCAAGAACAUUUGCUGGCCUGUCGGGUUUGCAAGAACUCGAUCUGGUCUAUUGUGACUUGACAGACUCCAUAUUGUCAGAAAACUACUUGCAACCUCUGUGGUCCCUCUAUAAACUUGAUCUGUCCUAUAAUAACAUUAAGAGAGUGCGGCCGGCAAAGUUCUUCCAGUUUAGCAACGUAAAGGAGAUAAUACUUGUACUAAACCAAAUCGACACAUUGUGUGAAGAGGAUCUUGCUGGUUUUCAAGGGAAACAUUUCACACUAUUUAAUAUAGCCAGCAACCAUUUGUACGAAACCAUGCUCCAACCGAAUUUUAACUGGACGGCGUGUAGAAACCCAUUCAAAUACAUGUCUUUUGAUACUCUAGACUUGUCUGGAGUUGGUUUUAAUGCUACCAGUUUACAACGCUUUUUAAAUGCUAUUGAUGGAACUCCUAUCAAAUCCCUGCAUUACUCUGGAUAUUUGGGGCGUGAUUUUUCCUUCAAAAAUUUGCUAGAUCCAGAUAAAGAUACAUUCAAAGGUCUCCAGAACAGUUCAGUUGAAGUCCUUGAUCUAGCUGACAAUUUCAUCUUCUCUCUGCAGGCGUUGGUGUUUAGCCCUUUAACAAAAGCUAUAACUAUCGAUGUGGCUAAGAACAAAAUCAACCAGAUACACCCGCAUGCGUUCAGCGGUCUUCAGAACAGUUUGCGCAUGUUGAACCUUUCUUUUAAUCUUCUUGGAGAAAUUUAUAGUUCCACAUUUGAACUUUUGACAGAUUUGAGGAUACUAGAUUUGUCAUAUAACCACAUUGGUGCACUGGGAUAUGAAGCCUUCAAGGGGCUGCCGUCUUUAAAGUUGCUAAGUCUCGAAGGAAACUCAUUACGAACGUUGGGGUCUACGGCGUAUUUACCAGAUCUCCUCUAUCUCUAUCUGGGUGACAACCGAUUGAGUUCGCUAACGGGCAUGACAGAUUUUAGCGGAAAGAGCAUUACGUAUUUAGACGUCAAGGACAAUAGAUUGACCCUUUUAGAUGAACUGUUUUACAUUGGUGCACACUUUCCAAAUUUGCAGACCUUGUUUUUUGGUGGUAACUUUAUCAAAUGGUGCACAAGUCCACAGGUGCCUACGAACAACAGCUUAACAGUACUUGAUCUUCAUGACAGCUCCUUACAGGUCGUGUGGGAUCAGGGCAAGUGUCUACAUAUGUUCAAUCAUUUCAGUAACGUUCAGGGUCUCAAUCUCUCAUACAACUCCAUCGCUACUCUCCCGGAUGGCAUUUUCGACAGUCUCCACUCCAUUCAACAUAUAGACCUCUCCUUUAACGCUCUAACCUAUCUCCAGCCAGAUACAUUUCCCAGUGCUUUGAAAAUACUUGACCUCUCUCAGAACUUCUUAGCCUCUCCAAACCCUGACGCUUUUCAAAAUGUGGCUUUUAUUGAUCUAUUUGGGAAUAAUUUCUACUGUGACUGCAACCUUGAAGGCUUUCUGUCGUGGCUAAACAGCACUAAUGUAACUUUCCUCAUUCCAAAGAAACAUCUAAAUUGCACUUUUCCAUCACCGUACAAAAACGUGCCUUUGUUAGAUUACUUCACUGUCAUGGAGCCGUGUGAGGAGGACAACGAGAAGGCGAUGCAAGAGCUUAGGUUAGUUUUGUUUAUCGUAUGCACUGUAGUCGUUGUCGGUAUGAUGCUGGGUUCGCUUGUUUACUCCCAUUUGCGAGGACAUAUCUUUAUCCUUUACAAAAAAGUGAUCGGUCGUGUUCUGGAGGGGCCGAAACCACCCGCGCCACAGGAGAACUUGCAGUAUGACGCGUUUGUCUGCUACAGUGAUGCUGACUAUAACUGGGUAGAGAUGGCACUGCUGAAAAAACUGGAUUCGGGAUUCUCGGAGGAAAAUUUGUUCAGGUGCUGUUUCGAGGCGAGGGAUUUUAUGCCAGGAGAGGAUCACCUGGUCAACAUCCGCGACGCCAUCUGGGGAAGCAGGAAGACCUUAUGUGUGGUAUCCAGAGAAUUCCUAAAAGAUGGUUGGUGUCUGGAGGCGUUCACUUUGGCUCAGGGCCGUAAACUGGAGGAGCUCUCCAAUGUGCUCAUCAUGAUUGUGGUGGGGAGGGUGGCUCACUACCAGCUGAUGAGACACAAUGCGAUCCGAGCGUUUGUCCAGACUCGAGGGUACCUGGUGUGGCCUGAAGACCCCCAGGACCUGGACUGGUUUUACCACAGACUCAUGGCUCAAAUCCUCAAAAACGACAAGCCCCAGAAAAAGCCAGAAGAGAACAAAGAGCAGCCAGCAGAGGACAACACAGUGCCAAUGGAGAACAUCCAAGUACCAGCGGUCUGAACGGUCAUUAUUUUUGGCUGGCUACAAUGGCUUCCACUAUUAUUUCAAUCCCUGGUAAAAUAUGAGGGCAAAUGUUGACUUUGAACAUACAUUGCUCAACAUCUGAUGAAGUGUCCCUGAGCGAUGCUUUGUGGUCGCCAAGGUUACUCCGUGACCGGGUCUUAUCUGUCCGAGUUCAGAUGGGUGUGAUUGACAAGCACAUUAAAAAGCAUGGACCCUUUGUAUCAACAAUAUGAAGGCGUAGGAAUUACAAAAAAAGAAGUGACUGAGAAAUGGUGCAAAUAUUUGAAGAUGCUAUAUCAAAGAACUAGACGUGAUUACACUGACGUCAAAUACUCCAUGUUCUCCACCACUGAAACUCCUGCUGUGAUUGGAACUGCAAAAUUUUCAGAGAUUUACCUGAUUCACUGGCAGAACGUAAUGAAGUAAAAGUAGUAAAAUUAAGUAAAAAUUGUAGGUAUCUGUACUUUAUUUAAGUAGAUUUUAAAGUUGAUAUUUUGCUUUUACUUCAUUAAAUUUGCGACAAGAUAUCUUUCUACUGCACUGCAUUUUUGCACUGGACUGAAAAAUAAAAGUAUUUGUAUUAUUGUUUU